UCAAAGGCGUAACAUAUAAAGUAUUCAUAUAAUAGAAUGGAUUUGUACGCUAUGCCCGCCUCGGCGCCCUGCCGUUCAGUUAUAAUGCUGGCAGAAGCUUUGGGUAUCAAAUUUAAUUUGAAAGUCAUCAACACGAUGGAGGGAGAACAGCUGAAGCCAGAGUAUUUGAAAAUCAAUCCACAGCACACAAUUCCAACGAUUGUGGAGGAAGAUGGCUUCACUCUGUGGGAGUCACGCGCUAUACUAGCUUACCUAGUGGAGAAAUACGGCAAGGAUGACUUGCUAUAUCCCAAGGAUCCACAGCAGCGUGCUUUGGUUAAUCAGCGUCUGUACUUCGAUAUGGGCGUGUUGAAUGAGGCUUUUAAAAACUAUUUCUAUCCACAAUUUCGCGAGAACAAACCUGCGGAUCCAGAGCUCUUCAAAAAGGUAGAAGAUGGUUUCGAAUUGUUCAACACUUUCCUGGAGGGUCAACAGUAUGCGGCUGGCAGCCAGCAGACCAUUGCUGACUAUGCUUUACUAGCUACAGUUUCCACUUGCCAGCUCAUGGGCGUGCAGCUCAGCAAGUUUCCAAACGUGGACAAGUGGUACCAACAUGUCUCCAAGACAACUCCCGGCUUUGAAGCGUCCUACAAAAUUGUGGUCGAAAUGAAAACCAAGCUGGAGGCAAUGAAGAAAGCUAAAUAGUUAAAGCAAUGUAAUUAUAAAAUAAAUUAUGUAAACGGCUAAUUUGGCAAUUUGUUUGUAAUCGGUAAAGAUAAGGCAAAGAGCCAGCCAAGCAUGACAAUAAAAAUUGUUUGAAGUGAGUC